UGAACUACCCUUAAUUACGUCAUCAUUCAGACGACUGAAGGGGGAGGGUACGAGUAAUGAGCAUUGUCUUGUGUUUGGGCUCCAAACACGCACUGAUUUUUAUCGUGCAAAACGUCCCCGCCGUGAAGGACGACGCUUUAGGAAAAAUCACGGCAACCUGUUGGAUUCCUCCAGGCCGUUGUAAGGUCCACACGGUGGUGCCUGUGGCUUGUUAGACAGCGAGACAUCCACCGCAAUACACGUGCAUUUCGUCAUCGGGACACGGAGAUACAAGCGGCCGCAGCUCGGCUCAGAUCCGCCCGGUGUUUUGACCCGGUUGACAUCGUAUAAAUCACUGAAUAUAUACAUCAAGAUGAAUUUUGAAAUUCCAACGGGACUUACAGACCUCCUGCAGGACUUCACUGUCGCUGUUCUGAGGGAAAGACCGGACGAUUUGGUGAGUUUUGCCGCCGAUUACUUCAACAACCUGCGGGAAAGAGAGGACAGACCGGGCGGACAGAAGCGAGGCGUCAAGUUCGAUGGCGAGCCCAUGGAAAACGGUUCAGACGACGACGACAUACUUGACGAACCUCCUCCGAAGAGAAUUCUAGACAGCUACAAGAGAAGGAGACAGUCAGUUUGUGCAGAAAGGUAUGACCCAGAUGCAGACGAUGAAGAUGACAAGAAGGUUGUGCACCCCAAAUCAGAUGGUCAGAGGACCAGGCUAGCUCAGGCAGUGGGAAAUAUUCUUCUCUUCAAGUCACUCGAUCCGGAACAGAUGCAAGAGGUGCUGGAUGCGAUGUUUGAGAGAAAGGUGACUCCAGAUGAGCAUGUCAUUGACCAGGGAGAUGAUGGUGACAACUUCUAUGUCAUCGACAGUGGCACCUAUAACAUCUUUGUGAAAAUCGACGGCACAGACAAACACGUGGGUUCCUACGACAAUACCGGCAGCUUUGGAGAGCUGGCUCUCAUGUACAACACACCCCGCGCUGCUACCAUUGUGGCCACAUCAGACGGAUCCCUGUGGGCGCUGGACCGUCAGACCUUCAGGAGGAUAUUGCUGAAGAAUGCCUACAAGAAGAGAAAGAUGUUCGAAAACCUGCUGGACAACGUCCCCAUGCUCAAGACUCUGGAACAAUAUGAGAGAAUGAAGGUAGCUGAUGCACUCAUGACCCAGAUUUUCGAGGAUGGGGAAGUCAUCAUCAGACAAGGAGACUCUGCUGACUGCAUGUAUUUUGUGGAGGAUGGAGUUGUGAGGAUCGCCAUGAAGAACAAGAAUGCCGACGACCCAGACAAGGAGCUGGAGGUCACCAGGUGUAAACAGGGAGACUACUUCGGAGAACUAGCACUCGUGACCAACAACCCCAGAGCGGCCUCUGCAUAUGCUGUUGGCAAAACCAAAGUAGCAAGGCUUGACGUGCACGCCUUCGAGCGGCUGCUGGGCCCCUGCAAGGAGCUGAUGAAGCGAAACAUCGAGCUGUACGAGGAGCAGAUCCACGAGAUCUUCGGCUCCAAGCUGCAGCUGCAGGAGACACAAUGAGCCCCGCCACACGCCACCAGACAUCAACAUCAAACUUGUAGAUAAAAACCCAGCUUUACCGGCUGAAGCAUUCCCAAACUUGUUCACGUUAGCCAGGUUUACUCUCAAAACGUCUGGUAUGAAAUGUUUGUUGGCACAUGCUUGUGCUCAGUCGCAUUACCUUUACUUUUGCUUGGUACAUUUUUUGUUGGGUUUCCCCGAGAGUUUGCGUAGAAAUGCGGUGAAGUUGAUUGUUGUGGGAAGACAGAGUUAGGUCCGUGUUUGUUGUUAAGAGGACGGGCACAGUGUGCUUGGGGUAGAAGCAGGGGUGUUUAAAAGUGCUAAGUUGUACCGUUCAGUUUGCGCAUAGCACCAGCCACGUUUCGAGCGAACUCCACUUCUCCGUUGUUGGUUGGAUCUUACUCAUGAGAUUAUGAUUUUUUUAAAGUGAAGCUACAAAUUUGGGAUGUUUCAUCCUUUUAGCUGUUUUAAAGCCACAACUUUAUUAUGCAUUAUGUAGUGAUGUGUACUCAAAAACAGAAAGCUGCGUUUUCUACCUUGGACAAUUUGAUACAAAUACCACAGUAGUCUUGUGAGUUGUGUAGAGAUGUGUUCUGCACUUAAACUACUGUUCUCUAGUGUGGUCAGAAAAUCUAGUGGAAAAAAAAAAGAGUUAUAUCAGGGAACAGGAACAGUUUGUAUGGUGCCCAAACAAGGUGCUAUGCACUUUAAGUUGCACACUGACGUGUUCAAUAAAUUGCUUGCCUUCAAGCUUGUUUGGGUUCCAAGUAUCAGUCACUGCAAUACUUUGUUUCUUCUCCUAAGUGUCAAAGUUUCUCGUUAACAUCUAUUUUAUAGAGUAGGACCAAUUGAGAUAUUCUAUACCUUAACGACACUAUUCACAAACUUGUUCAUGUAGAAAUGUAUGAAGAAAAAUGUUGCUGGUUCAACAGUUCUGUAGGUUACUGUAUUAUAGUUAUAUAUCGUUUUCGUGGUAGAGAAAUGUACUGCAGAACACAUUCGAUAUUGAUAAAGACACUUAUAGUUCAAUUCUUAUUUUUACUAUUGGAGAAUCUUCACUCACAACCUGAAUUUGUUAGACAGCUCAACAUACUUGCUCUAUAUUCUUUCAUCACUCAUCGUUUUGCAUUGAUAGUAAUUCUUCUGUACGUGAUGAUUUUGUAUUUAUCAUUCAAAUAGUACACUCAAUCAAGAUAUUGUAUGAUAAAGUGGUCGUAAGUUAGAAAAUAUAUGGUACCGUCAUUCAGUAUUACACAUUCUGUCCCUUUGAAUCGCUUGGUUGACUUCACUAUAACUUGUAUGCAUCAUGAGGCACAUGUUCAGGUUUGUUGUAACUAUGUUAUAAAGCCAUUUUCCCCAGCUCUGUUGUUGGCAAGACUGUUCUGUUCCAAACGCACACAUCUUGCCACAUUUUGAUUGCCUUGUCAGUUGUGGCUUCGGACAUUCCAUUUUCAAUUUGUCAAAUAAAAGGUUUAUUUUGUUCGGAA